AUGAAUUCAACUACUGAUGACAAAAAUAAUCUUACUGAAAAUAAUGAAAGUCUUAUCAAUGAGUGUAAUUCACCAACUACUUUAUGUCACAACUCUCUCAUCAACUCAUCAUUCUCACCAUCAUCUUCAUGUGUUACAGAUUUAUGUGCUUGGUGUCAGAAACCAAAUCUUCAAACUUAUAAAUAUAAUUCAUUUUAUCAAUCUGUUAAUUUAAACAACACUAAAUAUAAAAUAAAACCUGUACCAGUUUGUUGUUCACAAGUAUGUUUUGAUAAUUUACGUCGUGCUUAUUUUAAAAAUCGUCGCAAUCAAUUAAAUAGUCAAUUAUUAAAUGACAUACCUGCUAUGGUAAUUUCUGGUCGAUUACCAUAUACAUCAGAUUCGGAUAAAGAAAAACUCGAUUGUAAAAGACAAUCAACUUUACCUUAUAAUUCAAAUGCUAGUUGCAGCUCACCAGCUACUAUUACCAAUAUUACUACUACUAAUAAUAAUAAAUUAUCAUCAAAGAAACGAUUAUAUAAUCAGUAUUCUGAUCAACAGCAUCAUUCAUUACAAGAUAAUGUUCAUAAAUCUUCUGCAAAUAAUUCUCAAGGGUCAAAUUAUGAUUUAUUUUCAAAUUUACAACUAUAUUCACAAUUGAACAAUUACAUAAAUAAAGAUAAUAAUAAUAUGUCUAUUCCAUUAUAUGAUUAUAUUAUACAACAUUUUGAUAUGAAUCAAUUUAGAAAUAUCAUAAAUAGAAAUCAUAUUCCUAGUACAACUAUAACUAAUACAAAUGCUACUAUUAAUAUCAAUACUAAUCAUGAUAUAAAUAUGAAUCCUAUAACAAUUAAUAAUUUAAAUAAUGAAAUAAUCAAUUCUAAUCUGGAAUAUAAUAAUCAAUUAAAUGAUCGUAAUAUAGAAAUGAUGAAUAUAAUAAAUCAAUUAUUAAUGUCUUCAAGUAAUAAUAAUAAUAACAGUAAUAAUAAUAACAAUCAUAUAAUUACUACUAAUAAUAAUAUAAAUAAUUUAAAUCAAUUCUUAAUUGUCCCAAUACCUAUACCAAUAUUUAAAAUGGCACCAAAUAUAUUAAAAAUAUUACAUCAAUAUGGUUAUCAUUCAAUAAAUUCAUGUAAAUAUUAUUAUAAUAAACAAUUUAAUAUAGAUGAAACAAAUCAAAUAAUAAAUUUAAAUAAAUUUAUAUUGAAUAACAAUAUAAGUAGUAUAAAUAAUUUAAUUGAAAAUAAUUAUAAACAAAUGAAUGAAUUAAACAAAACACAAUUUAUUCAUUAUAUUAAUAAAAAUGAUGAAAAAGCAUUAGAUUUAAGUUUAUCAAACAAUAAAAUAACUUCUUAUCUAAAUAAAAAAACAUUAAAACAAAGAACUUUAAAUCAUAAAUAUCAAUAUCAAAAUAAACGUUAUUUGAAUAGGAAAUUAUUAAAACAAACAUUAUUAUCAGGCAUAUAUAAAUUAAUUCAUCCUAUAACAAAACAUUGCUAUACAGUUAAAAUUAUACCUAUUAAAUGA